GACGCUGCGGCCGAACUACCAAGAAAUUUAUGCGAAAGUCGCCGUUCAUUCGGGAGGCUGGACUCGCUUGUCCAUUUCUUUUCCUCGCAUUGACGCCCUCCUUUCCAUCCAAAGACGCUGUUUUUUAUUAUUAUUAUUAUUAUCGUUCUUCUUCUUCCCUGCUCCUUGACAACUACGCACGCCCAACCAUCUCAAUAAGACGAGGUCCUCCCUCUUGCUGCUCGGAAUGCGCUGAUCCGGGUUCCUAAUCCUCGGAGUUGGUGGAAGGGGAUGGCUUCCACGUCUUUAGGGGCGGCUUGGGUUAGUUAUGGAGGCGCCCAGAGUCGUGGCGGGCGGAGAGUUCUCGCUGCCCUAGCGGCGCCUGAUUGGCUUCGGAAGCGGGGAGAAUGUGGCAGAUUGGGCUGUGUCGGUGUAUGCGUGACGCCCGUGGAAGAUGAGAAUCUGUCGCCGCUAGUGGAGCACGUGCCGGAGGUUGCUUCCGGGCUGUCCGCGGAGCGGGCGCUCGAGGAAUCGAAGAAAUGGGGUCGGGAUUCGAUCUCUCUUCCGAAAGCUUUGUCAUUGUCUGAUCUCUCUGUUUCGGGGCAUGGAUCUAAAGUACGUGUAGCAUAUCAGGGUGCAGUUGGUGCAUUCAGUGAGAUUGCUGCGCUAAAAGCAUACCCACAGUGUGAAGCCGUUCCAUGUGAACAAUCUGAAGUUGCCUUUAAGGCUGUUGAACUUUGGUUAGUUGAUAAAGCUGUUCUUCCAAUUGAGAAUUCAAUUGAUGGAAGCAUUCAUCGGAAUUAUGACUUGCUUUUGUGCCACAAUUUGCACAUUGUGGGUGAGGUGCAAUUGCCUAUUAACCACUGUCUUUUAGCUCUGCCAGGCGUUGUAAAGGAGGAUUUGAAACGUGUUCUAAGCCACCCACUGGCACUUGACCAGUGUGAAAAGGCCUUGAAUGAGCUAGGUGUUAUUCGAGAAAGUGUAGAUGACACUGCUGGUUCUGCUCAGUUGAUAGCUACGAAAGGUUUAAGGGAUGCUGGAGCAAUCGCAAGUGCUCGAGCUGCAGAGAUUUAUGGGCUUAACAUACUUGAUGACAACAUGCAGGAUGUCUCCAAGAACAUCCUGCGAUUUCUUGUGCUUGCUCGGGAACCAAUAAUUCCAAGAACUAAUAGGGCCUUUAAGACCAGCAUAGUAUUCACUCUUGAAGAAGGUCCUGGUGUCUUGUUCAAAGCAUUGGGAGUUUUUGCGAUGAGAAACAUAAAUUUGACAAAGAUUGAAAGCAGGCCUCAAAGGGAUCGCCCUCUUAGGGCUGUUGACAACUCAAGCUAUGGUACAGCCAAGUACUUUGAUUAUCUUUUCUUCAUUGAUAUUGAAGCAUCUAUGGCCGAGCCUCGUGCACAAAGUGCUCUGUCCAACCUUCAGGAAUUUGCGACAUUCCUUCGUGUACUUGGAUCUUAUCCAAUGGACACAACUCUGUGAAAGAUCUGUGAUGUACUCCUUACUGCUUCAACCUUCUUGGUGGUCGAAAAAGUGUAGUAUGCAAAUGUAUUUGUUCGAAAAUUCUUUUUGCUCUUUGCUUAAGAUUCGACAACACUGCAGGUUCUCAUUUAGUUAACCGGUUACUUGAAAAUGUAUUGCUUUUUAUUAUUAUAUAGUUGUGUGUUCAAACAAUAAGGAUGUUUGGUUGUCAAGGAAUUAGAGUGUAUCUGUAGUACUACUUAUUUUGAGAAAUCUAUAAUAUUUGCCCUGAAAA